GGAUGAGGAUUCGAGAUAUUGCAGAAUCAGAAAGUCUUUACGAUAUUUACAGUUGAAACUACAAUAUACGUGUACAUAUCGUACAGCAAUAUUUAUACUACUAAUUUUGACGUCCGUAUUAGUAUGCCUACUGUCACACUUUUUCAGAUCUUUAGGUAGCUGCAGAGAACCACUACAACCACAAAAUGGUCGAUGGAACAUUCAUCCAGAUUGGCUAAAAAAGAAUAACCCGGAAAUGAAAAUGAGACACGGAACUUCUCUCAUCUACUCUUGUAACUUGGGAUAUAAAAUAAAAGGUACGACCAAUGUGCGCUGCCUUUGGGGUGAAUGGUCUACCAUACCAGAUUGCAUAGCAAUAGGCUGCAAAGUUUCGACCACAGUCUCAACCGAAGUUAGAUGUAUGCACGACGAUAAAUGGAUAUCGUGCGAAAAUGUACCUCCAGGAACAAAAGCGAUAUUAUAUUGUCAAAACGGUUAUCGCCCUGAAAUCAAUGUACUGUCCGCACAAGGAAACACUAUGACAUGUAUUGCGAAUGGUCAAUGGGAAUUAAAACCUAUGCGAUGCGUUCCAGCAUGCGGCACUCUACGGCCGUCUGACAUGAAACCAACCAUUGUAGACGGUGUACGACCGAAUGUCACAGAAUUUCCGUGGCACGCCUCGUUGUAUCGCGAUAAAUCAGGCAAGAAAGAAUACUUCUGUGGAGCAUCCCUUAUUACAGAAAAUCUCUUGAUAACGGCAGCUCAUUGUGUAUUUGAUGAGAACACUAAGCAGCUAAUUGACGCCAGUAAAAUUUAUGUAUUAAUGGGAAAUCUCUUUCGUGAUUAUAAUUCUACCUUUCAUAAUCAAACUUUCGUCAAAGAGAAUCAGGUUUGCAAGUGUAUACAUAUGUAUAAAAAAAUGAAAU